GUUUUCUUGGGAAUAAGGUUUUUUUCCUUUUUUUCCCAAAUAUGUCACUUAACAAAAUAUUUUACGAUAUUUACUUGAGUAUGAAAAAUUUUUUUAAAAAGGAUUCAGAAACAUACGUGCCAAUAGAAAAAGUUAAUGUUGAUAACACAACAAGUAGAAUAAUAGGAGAUUUCGGAAGAUGGCAGUUGAAAAUAAGCAUCCUCAUGUCGUUAAUAAAGUUACCGAUGGCUUGGUAUCAGUUAAACAUAAUAUUCAUGGCACCACCGCAACAAUUUUGGUGUGCAAAGCCACCAGCUUUUGAGGAGUACACUGACGAAGAAUGGCGUAAAAUUAGCGUGCCGGUAAACUGAAACACGUGUAUUUAAAAGGCAAAUAAUGGAGUAUCCAUGUCUUAUAUUUGACCCAGAUAUUCUACUUAUUGCACCGAAAAUGGACAGACAUGUUAUACCUUUAGUGGCAUGCCAAAAAUUUGUGUAUGACAAAACGUUUUUCCAACGAACUCUUACUUCAGAUUUUGGUCUAGUGUGCACAAAACGUUGGUAUAUUAAUAUGAGCCAAUGUGUUAUGAUGACCGGAAUAGUAGUAGGGGGUAUUGUAUUUGGAAGCAUAGCAGAUAAAUAUGGUCGCAAAAAGCCCCUCAUGUUAGCUAUUGUUAUUCAAGCAACAGGCAGUUAUUUGGUAUCAUUCGCGCCCUAUUACUGGUCAUUCCUCGUGGUUUGGUUUAUUUUAGCGUUUGGGUGCGGUGGUAUUGCAAUAAUUUCUUUUGUUAUAUGUAUGGAGGUAGUCAGUGGAAGAUGGCGUACAUACAUUCCUGUAUUAUACCAGCUACCCUUUGGCUUGGGGAAUGUUGUAUUGGCACUAUUUUCAUACUGGUUAAGAGAUUGGAGAAAAAUAGAAUUCGCUUUAGCAACCGUAUCAUUAAUAUACCUGCUUUAUUGGUUUUGGCUACCGGAAUCGCCCAGAUGGUUAUUAGCGGUUGGAAAAUAUGACGAAGCUGUUGAAGUCCUUAAGAAGAUUGUUGUAGAAAACAAGAGAAACGUUGGUGAUAUUCGUGCAAUCGUAGCUUUAUUGCCUAAGAAAAAGAAGAAUGACAAGUUACAUUUACAAUUCUCAGAUUUAAUAAAAUCUAAAAAUAUGCGACGCAAAACAAUAAUCCUUUCAUUGAUAUGGUUUUUUACGGGGCUGUCGUAUUUUACAUUCUCUCAAUACCUUGGUUUGAUUGGAUCAAGUAUAUUUUUGUUAGUGUCGAUGAGUGGUAUUAUUUCGAUACCCGGCGGAUUACUGUGCUUGUUUAUUUUAGCUAAACUUGGACGGAAGACGACGUUAAAUCUAUUUCAAAUUCUUGCAACCGUAUGCUUUUUCGCCAUUUACAUUUUUCCGAAGGAGGAUGUGAAAAAAGCUGGCAUCAGGUUAUUCUUUGCUGGAUUAGGAUUCGCAGCAAUAGCGGGUACAGUUCCAGCUUUAUAUUUGUAUAGUGGAGAAUUGUUCCCUACAGUGGGCCGAAACGUAGGCGUUGGUGGAGUAACAACAUUUGCACGUAUUGCGUCAAUGAUCGCACCGCUUCUUGUUCAUUUAGAUGUUUACAUACCAGGAUUACCAUUACUAUUAGUAAUUCUAAUUUCUGCAGGCCAAGUAUUACUUGUAUUCCCACUUCCCGAAACUAAAAAUAAACCGCUACCGGAUUCUUUAGAGGAAGCCGAACAAUUUCGUUGAACUAGGAAAAUCUUAAGCAGAACAAAACCUUCAAAUAUUCACAUAGAUUUUGGUAUCGCAUCUUGUAAUCCUAACAAAAAAGUUUGUUUUUAUAUUUAUUCCUUUAAUUCGAUUUUAAAAAUCCAACUUCAUUCUUACGUAGCUUAAUUCUUACAUAAAAUAGUACCGUAUGUUAAUCAAAAUUAAUUUUUACUUGUGUUAAGGAUGUUUUUGAUAAGCUUAUGUGGUAUUUGGGCAUUAUUUAUUUUUCAGAUUUUUUUGGUGUACUUACAAAAAUUGUUUUUAGAAUAUA